CUAGAAGGGCGGAGGGGAAGGGAGAGAGAAGGAAGGGAAAUCAUAAAGGAGGCUCAGCCAAUCCUCCCCUAACGUGCUCCGUCUACCUCAGCCGGCUCCUCCCAGCCCCGCUCUCCGGCCCCGUCUUGCUUUCUUUCUCUCUCCCCACCACACACACACAUCCUCCAGGCCAGGAACAUGUCAACCGGACACCAGCACAGCCAGAGUCGGGCCAUCCCCACCAGGACCAUCCACAUCAGCGACUCAUCUCAGCUACCUCAUGACUAUUGCACCACCCCCGGGGGGACCCUCUUCUCCACCACCCCUGGAGGCACCAGGAUCAUUUAUGAUCGCAAGUUUCUUUUGGACCGUCGCACUUCUCCCUUGGCUCAGACCCCUCCUCGCCGCUUGCCAGAUAUUCCUGGAGUUACCAGCCCUAAUACGGUUGUAGAAGAACCCAAAGUAGAAACCAAUAAUUUGAACAACCAUGACAGGAAGACAGCUAUUGGUGAUGACGCUCAGUUUGAAAUGGACAUCUAAUCUCCAGGAUGCCUGCCGAGCAAUCGCAAGACGUGUGCACCUGGCUUGGCAAAUAGGAUAAUGUAAUGAGAAAUACGUCAAAGGCGCACUCUUGCGUAGAAACCUGCCCUUCCUGGUGCCAAAGGUCAACGCAACUAGGCUCCUUCCUUUACAUUUUUUUCCCCCUCUUUAUUUCUCCCCAUGAUUAAUCCCACCCCCGCACCACAAUAAAGUGUGGAGGUGGUGAAGGGACUUGUAACUGAUUUCAAUGGCUUGAUGUUGGCAAGUGGGAAUUAACAGUUUGCCAAUUUGUACUGUAGCUCUGCAAAUACUUGUGAAUAAUGGGUGGCAGAAAUGGGAAAUUGUACAACAUCCUUUUUUUUUUUUUCCUUCUCUCAAUGUUUGCAAUAUGGCUU